UUUGAGAAUUUCAGCUGGCAUACAAUGCUGAAAUUAUCACUCGAUUGUAUACAAACUGAAUAAAAGCAGUGAAUAAUAUUAAAAAUCAAAUAUUUAUAUAUUUAAAGCAUGGCUUCAUCUAGCCUUGAGAUGUCGGAAUUGAUUUCCAACCAGAAUCGAACCUCUCAUCUUGCUCUGCCCGAUAUAAAGCCAAUUACCGAUGCUCGCAAAUAUGUCUCAGAUUCGAAGAAUUUCAACGGCAGUGUCGAGAAGGCAACAGAGUUCCUUGCUGGACAAGAGAAACAGUGUCUAGAUGUGAUCCAGCUACUCAAGGAAGAAGUGCACUCUAAGCUAGAUGCUUUGCAUAAGGUAAAAGAAGAUCUGCUGGCACUGCAGCGUCAGCUGGCUCAACCAAGUGACAGUAAAUUCGACAAGGUGUUGGUCAAGUUUACCGAUGAGACGGAGAUGAAUGAAUGCGAGGUGCCAGAUGCUUUGGCACGUUACAGCAUAAAGAUGAGUUCACUGUAUAGUGAAAUUUUGGGGCUCGAUAGCGACGUGGAUUACGUGUCUUAUUUGGCCAGUGUUGCCAGGGUCAACAAAGAUUUUGUUGGCAAAGUUAACAGCAAAACUCCAAAGAUGAGGAUUUAAAACACAUAUUUUAAACAUUUUACUUGUUUUAAUUUAUGAAAUUGAAUCAGACGACGAAGACCACACAAAAAACACUUUCCAAAUUUAAUGUCAUUGCAAAUAAAAAGGUAAAAAAA